UUUUUUUCCCGGGGCAAACACCACCACAGGCAAACUCCAUCACUAGCUUUACUUGUCGCUUCUCUUUGGCGAUUAUGGCCACCGUGCGGCCGAUUGCGUGUGUCGUGUCGAUGUUACUCGUCGUGGUUUCCGAGAGGUUCUCGGCGCUGGCCGCCUUCUCGCAGUCUUUGGACAGCGACUUCACGUUCACUCUACCCGCCGGUCGCAAGGAAUGUUUCUACCAGACUAUGAAGAAGGACGCCUCGUUGGAAAUAGAAUACCAGGUAUUAGACGGGGCAGGCCUGGAUGUGGAUUUCUUCAUCUCCUCUCCUUCUGGCCAGAUAUUGUACAGCGACUUUCGCAAGUCAGACGGAAUGCACACUGUGGAGACGGUGGACGGGGACUACAUGUUCUGCUUCGACAACACCUUCAGCAGCGUUUCGGAGAAGCUCGUCUUCUUCGAGCUCAUCCUGGACAACAUGGACGCCGACGAGGAGCCCGACGACUGGAAGGAGUACGUGCAUGGCACCGACAUGCUGGACAUGAAGCUGGAGGACAUCAUGGACACCAUCAACAGCGUGAAGUCGCGGCUGGGCAAGAGCGUACAGAUCCAGACGGUGCUGCGCGCCUUCGAGGCCCGCGACCGCAACCUGCAGGAGAGCAACUUUGACCGGGUCAACCUUUGGUCGUUGGUCAACCUGGUGGCCAUGAUGCUGGUGUCGGGCAUGCAGGUCUACCUGGUCCGCUCGCUCUUUGAGGACAAGAGGAAAAUUUGCACGUAACAAACUGUAUAAAGGGCGGGCGGGUGGGACAAAAACACUGUUUGGGAUAGUUCAGAAACAUAAAUGAGCCUUGGAUUAUUUUUAUUUUUUUUUCCGCUCUUGACUUCACUGGAUAUUGAAGUUGAAGGGAGUUCUAUUUUUUGACACAAUUGCUGGAAGUUUUUAUGACUGAUCGGACUCACAAUGCUUUUAUCAUUAGGAGUCUUAGCCUAACAUUUGUUAUACUGUCAACACUGCGUAGAAUUUUUUUUUUUUUUUUAGCUGACAAAUGUUCACCAGGACACACUUACUCAUUCAAUCACAUACCUGCAUGCCUACACGCACAAACACACACUUUACUUCCUUUUACAAGUAGUAUUUCAUAAAUGUCAUCGUUUAUUUCCAGGCUACACGACCAUCCAGUGUUGCGUUCGAGUGAUUUUCGUAAAGUGUAUAAUCUACCAAGAAGUGAGUUGAUUUAUUUUAUUGACUGUUACAAUGAGAAAUAAAGAUGUAUAGUGAUUACUGAGCAGAACUUGUCUCAAGUUCAGAGGUCGCGAGGAAAAGCUGCGCGUGAGAUAUUUAUUCAUUUACUUGUAAAUUUAAAUGUUUGACUUGUAUUGCCGAGUUGUCCUUAAUUAAACAACUGAUGUCACAAAGUGUAUCUCCUCAUUAGUAUACACCUGAACCAUUGCGAUAAGUAUUAUGCGAAAGGAAUGUCGCCUUUUGUUUUUUGGGUCAAAAUGCGCAUAAAAUCGCCGGUUUGAAUCCCGAACAAAGAGUAAAUAAAUGUGACUUAGAUUGUUCAAAAGUUGAUUAUUGAGCAUUCUAAAUUCUGUUUUAAUAAGAAAUUGAAGGCAUGGAAUGACAAAUGGUUUUAACUGGAAAUGAGCACACAAAUAAAAUGACCAUGUUUAACAAA